AUGAUAAAAUUUGCAGGGGGUAAAAGAUAGGCCCAUAUUCGUAAUUACCAAGAAACAUAACUGAUAAUUUAUUGCGUAUAAAUCAUAUUAAGUACUUUUUCUAGGCGAUAAGUAAAUGGACAAUUGCCAACGUGCAUCCACAAAAUGUUAACGAGCUAUGUUUUACAUAACCAUUAUGAGCUCCUGUAAAAUUAUAAUACAUAUUAUACUUGUUAAGUUUUCAAAUAAACUUUUGUGCUACUUGUAACAUAGACAAUCUUAUAUCAAUAAAUUGUUUUAAGUGAUGAAGGAAUUAAGAAUAUUUACUUUUAUAAAUUUUGCUACAACUUUGUCUGUUUCAUUUAAACAUAAAAUACCGCUCCAGCCAUGGGAUAAACAUUUUUAUUUAUAGACAGCUUUGCAAUUCUCUACUAAACCUUGAGUAACUAUUAAUAAUAGUUAGACAUAUGGAAAAAGACAUAGUGCUUCAUCACUGAGCCAUGAAGACGGACACGCCUUUACGAACUGACUGACUUCCUAACGAUCUUCCAACCUAGUUCUUCGCGACUAUUGUGUCAAUAUUAUCUUGUAUAUUACAAAGUUGUUUAUCGUAAUAUUAUGUUACAUGGGAAAACUUGUUUUUAUAUAAUGUAAGUAAGUCAAUGACGAUUUUGAUCAUAAUUUAAGUAAUUGUGCUAAAAUAUAAAUAAUUUAAAUUCAAAUAAUGUGUCUGUCACAAUUUAACCAAUUUAGAAUGUCGUAAUUAUAAAAUAGACUACAUAUAAGCGCUUUCUACUUCUAUAUAGAUGGAAUUAUUGGUAAACGGUUAGUAGGUAUUGCAAAAUAGUAUCUAUUUAUAUCUUCAGCAAUCCUGUCUAUAUCCGAGGGGAAAAUGCACAGUUCCGCUGUAGCCCUCUAGAACUUAUUACUAAGAUCCUGGAGUCGUCGGUAGAGAAUUUACCAUUUAGCCUAGAUAUAUUAUAGACAACUGAAUUUCUUAGUGUGGAAUAUAUAGUAGCCGAGCACGGUUGCAUCUUCUCUUUCGUUUUUUUUUGUUAUAGCAAAUUUAAAUUAGUUUAGAAAUAUAGUUUUAGCUUCAACUUGUGUUUUUCGGCUUUUUUAUGUGAAGUUGUACAUACAUUAAAACGUUUAUAACUAACAUUGUCUACAGUGCGAGUGAAAAUUGGAAAGGUCUUAGGUCAAGGGAGCUAUAGUGAAAUGGAGGAUAAAAUUUAUUUGUCUGGUGACCCGCUAAUACUUGUGUCAUAUCAUUGCAUAAUUCUCUCGAAGAAGUUGUCUCCUCAGUUUGUUUACUAUCAAUAAGAUCGACAGUCGUAUUGAUUGUCUAUGUCUUCAUUGUAAUACAUGUGUGCUAGUUUUGUUAAAAUGUGUUUUUUAAGUAUUAAAAUUUUCUAUUUAUUAUCAUUUUUUCACUUUCUUGUGAGUGACGGGAAAUUUAGCCGGCCGAAUAUAGUUCUAAUUGUUGCUGAUGACUUGGCAAUGGUGGCUGCUUUUGGGGAUUAUAUCGGUGUCAGCGAACGAUGUUAGCCAACCACAUAUACUUUUUAUAAUGGCUGAUGAUAUGGGCCACAAUGAUGUUUCAUAUCACGGCUCGGACCAAAUCUCCACACCUAACCUUGACGCUCUCGCCACUCGUGGUACAAUUUUAAAGCAGUACUACAGCGAAGCAAUAUGUACACCUGCUAGGACCGCGCUUCUCACAGGAAAAUACCCCAUGAGAACGGGAAUGCAGGGUGCUCCUUUGGCAAACUCAGAAGAUCGAGGUAUUCCACUGACUGAGAAGCUGUUGCCGGCUCAUUUGAAGGAUACAGGAUAUGAGACGCAUUUGGUUGGGAAAUGGCAUCUUGGAAUGGCGAGCAAACAACUUUUGCCACAGUAUCGAGGUUAUGACAGCCAUUAUGGAUUGCGCGGAGGAGGCAUCGAUUAUUUGUCAUACCAUAGUGUGCAGCCGGGGCCUGACGGUACACUUUUGUCUGGUUUGGAUUUCUUCGACAACGAUAUACCCCAAAUAACUGAAGAGCGAUAUGUUGUGGACGCUCUAACAGAUAGAGCUGUUGAAAUUAUAUUUGGCCAUAAUUCGUCCACACCACUCUUUCUUCACUAUACUUCGUGUGCGCCACACGCGGGUAAUGCUGGCGGAGCUUUGCAACCACCUCUAUACAAAAAGCUUGGCAGCAGACACGUUGCUAACUCAGAUAGACGACUUUAUGCAGAGGUUGUACGACAUCUUGACUACAGUGUGGGACGACUUGUCCGGGCGUUGGCUGAUAAAGGCAUUCUUCAUAAUACGCUUAUCGUAUUCGUGUCUGAUAAUGGUGCUCCCACUACAGGAAUAUACAGUAAUUGGGGAGUCAAUUUGCCCUUUAGGGGCCGGAAACAAACUCCCUGGGAGGGAGGGGUAAGAGUUCCAGCCUUCAUUUGGCAUGCGGGCUUGAAACCAAACGUUUGGGAUGGUCUUAUGCAUAUUUCUGAUUGGAUGCCAACAUUACUCGCAGCUGCUGGCAGAAAGAAGUUCGAUGAAAAGAUUGACGGAAUUAACCAAUGGCCUUCAAUAUUACGAGGACAACAAUCUCCAAGAAAAGAAGUGUUGGUUACUGUUGAAGAUAGAGAUAAUGGAUACGCAGCUUUACGCAUGGGUGAUUACAAACUGUUGAUUGGCAAUUUCACCGGAGUUGCGAACGCUUACUAUGGAGCUGAAUUCUUGGCAAAUAAAGAAACGCCGCCAGAUUUUUACGACUCGUUGGCGUCGUCUGAAGUUGCUAAAGUGUUUUCAACUUUAGGAAUUACUUUCGACUAUGGGGACGUUAUCGCUACGAGGAAAGCCGCUGUGGUGAAGCAAAUAGACACGGUUAAAGAUCAAGUCCCUUGUAUACCAACACCAACCCGCGGUUGCCUCUACAACCUUAAAAAGGAUCCAGCAGAGAGUCACGACUUAUGGCUUCGAGGGCAGAAAAUCGUUUCCUUGAUGACUAUGCGCCUGAAUUCUCUCUGGUCUCAAAUGGUUAGACGAGGCCCAACCAAAUUAAACAUAGACGCAAAUCCAGCUAGUCAUAACUAUAUUUGGUUGACGUGGCUCAACAAUGUCACCCAAGAGAGCCCUCUCAACGAGAAAGUUUUUUUUAAGGAUGCACCACCGUUCACCGUCGGCUGUUAGUGUGCGAAUAACUGACAUAAUUUCUUGUGUGUCGUACAAAUAAGGAGUGUGCUUCAAUAGUUCUGUAUCGAAAUUUUAAAGAUGACGAAAAUAGUUCAUAUAUUUCUUAUUCGUACAAAUAAAUAGAGGUCAUAAUAAUUGUUAUUUUUAUAUAAAAGUAUCAUCAGUGUAGCAGGCAUUUUUUGUAUUAUGUAAAAUCUGUAGCACUAAUCAAAGUUCUUUUAAAAAUUAUGCCUUAAACGUGAAAUGAUUUUUAAAAUUACGUUUGUUAUGCUAGUAACAUGACACAUUACUUGUAUGAAUUAUACUCAAAAUGUAUUUUUUUCAUGUUUAUUGACAAGCUUAUGCUCUUAAAGAAAAACUUUUUAACCGGAUUAAAGUUAUGUAUUAUUAUAAGUUUAAAAUUAUUUAACAUAAUUCUAAAUUUAUC